AUGUCCGUUACUACUAAUAGAAUUGCAUUAUCAACUAUCAAGGAUUCCCAUUUGAAUUCUACUUCAACUUCUCCAAAUAGUACUCCUACUAAAGAUAGAAAGAAAUCAAGACCAACUUUAUUCAACAGUAUCAGAAAACCAAUAAACAACAAUUCCAUCUCAUUUGCAAGAUCUUCAACUGAUUUAAUUUCAAAAUCUUUUGCCCUUUCAAACUCUGCAACUACUUUAAAUUUAAACAAAAAAUUUUCUCCUUUAAGAGCUGUUAGUUUUUCAAAUUAUAGAUCCACUUCUACUAAAUCCAAUUCAGGUUUAAAACUUCAAUCAACUAAUGACGCGUUCAAGAAUGAUUCUGUUGGUUUAGCCGCUACUAAAUUGAAAUUAAAAUUACAAUUGGCCUAUUAUAAAGUUCAACAAUCUAAAGAAACGCGUCUUAAAUCUUUAAAAUAUUCCUCAAAUAAUACUAGACAAUAUCAUUCACCAAAAUCAGGUAAUUAUAAAUCAACUUCAAUUAAACUAAAUUCAGUUAUUGCUUCAUUAGAAAGUCCUCCAACUUCUGCUAAAAAUUCUCCUGUUUUUAAUAAUUCUGCUUGUUCAACCGCUACCAAUACCGGUCCUUUCAAUUCUCCUGACUAUCAUUCUAUUAUUCAACCUUUACCAACUCCACCUGAUCAACAACAGAAACAACAAAAACAAACAACACCUACUAUUUUAAGUUAUUCUCAUUCAAUCAAUGUUAACUUAAAUGCCACUCCUCGUCAUAGAUCAAUCAUUGAUAGUUAUCCAACAAAAUCCAAAUUAAAUAAAAUUGCAAAUAAAAAAGGUACUGCAAAAAGAAGUCAAAAACUUAAAUUAUUCCAAAUUAGAAAAAACUCUGUGUUUUAUAAUGCUAAUCAAAAGAAAUUACCUUUGAUUCAAAAGCAAGAUCAAUAUGGUUUAGAUAUUGUUAACCAUACUACUUCUUUCAAUAACAAGAAUAAUACUACCCCUUCUUCUUCUCAAGGUAACAAUAAUAAUAAUUCACAAGGUGUGGUUAACUUUUCAUUCAUCAACUAUCCAAAUAGCCAAGAGUCAAAUAAUCACUUACCUUCAAUAAUUCUCAACCCUCCAUCAUCAUCAUCUUCUUCUACAACUACCAACAACACAUCAAACACAACGUCAUCAUCUGCAUAUCUUAAACAUCAUGAACGUAAAACUAGUUUACCAUCAAUUAAUAAAAUCUUGAAAACACCUAUCAAAAGAGCAAACUCAAUGAGACCACCUUCACAAUUCCUGUAUCAAAAAUCAUUCAACGAAGCUGCACCAUUAGUUGUUCCAGGUUCUCAAUCUCAAGGUAAUUCAAAUGAUGAAACUAUCAUUGAUGAAGAUAAUGAGUUGACAAUUAUACAAAAUACUACUAUUAAUAACACUACUAUUGAUCAAAAUGCUACCAUUGAAGUAAAUGAUGAUGAUGAAGAAGAUGCUCAUAACAAUAACGAUAAACUAUCAUCAAGAAAGAAUCAACAAAAUGAUGAAGAUAUUCUUACUUCUUCACCAAUACAUAAUCAACAAUUUACAACUCCAAAUAAAUUUAGUGUUGCUAAAUCUUUAUUACAACUUGGUGGUCAUAGAAUGUAA